AAACCACCCAGUUAUUGGACAUGUAGCAGUUAUUAGACACUUUAGUUUUACAAAACAAAAAUAAGAUUUCUUUUUGAUCUAUUUUCUUCGAUUUCGCAUAGAUGGCAUUAAAAAACAUUUAUGUGGCGGCUGCGCAUAAUGCGCCAUCUUUAAAAUUUGUUUUGGCGGGAAAAUUUACAUCAGCUGUUGAUUGUGUCGAAUACCGGAAUUUUUCUUACGAUAUCGUUAAGAACCCGUUUUCGUGACAAGUGAGGUGCUAAGUGUAAAAUAAGGUAUGUAAUGACGUUUCACUAAGUAUACACAGAGCAAAUAUCAUUUUUCACAUGUUUUUGCAUGCUUAAAACGCAUUUCACGAAGAGUAAAGUUAGAUUUGGGGGGUGUCCAAUAACUAAACUUGAUAACCAAUUUUUUUCAGUUAUUAGACACCUGUCCAAUUACUACUUUUCCUAAAAUCAUUAGGUCUUACAUUACCUAAAAAUGCCCGUUUUCUGCUGAAUCUUAUAACACAAGAAACGUUGGCAUAUAAGUACCCAAAGCAGUUAUUGGACGCCUGUCCAAUAACUAAAUAAAGUUAUGUCCAAUAACUAACACGCUUGUUUUUGUAGGUUAACAUAAUGCCUAAAAGAUCUGUAUAUGAUUCCGAUCUUGUUGAGCCUGCAGUGCAGGAUGUAAAAACUGGCAAACUCUCACUAAGGGCAGCUGCAAAAAAAUAUGGCGUGCCAAAAUCUACCAUUGAAUUUAAAAUGAAAAACCCGGGACACAAAGAUACAUGUGGGCCGCCUCCGAUACUUACAGCAAAAGAGGAAUAUGUGCUGGUCGAAUGGAUAGUGGAACUUGCCAAACGUGGGUUUCCACGUAAAAAGGAAGAUAUCCUUAAUAGCGUCCAAAAAUUUUUGCUGGAGAAUCCCCGACCUAAUCCCUUUAAAAAUAAUAGACCAGGAGACUGCUGGUUUAAGGUAAAAUAGGCUUUUCUUCGAAGACAUCCCAGUAUAGUGCAAAGAACUAGUGAGGCUGUAAGUUCAGCUAGCGCAUGUGUAUCGGAAGCGGAUAUCCGAAAAUGGUUUGCUGAAAUUAAAAUUUACCUCAAAUCUAAAGAUAUUGAUAUGGAAGAUCCGUCCCGUAUAUUUAACGGGGAUGAAACUGGUUUUCAAAUUUGCCCUCAGACGGGUAAAGUUUUUGCCGCAAAGGGGGAGAAAAAUGUAUAUUCAAUUGAAAAAGGUUCUGCAAAAGAUAAUAUUACCGUUAUGUUUUCGUUUGCUGCUUCAGGGAUAAUGUGCCCACCUAUGAUCAUCUUCCCGUACAAGAGAAUACCUGAGAAAAUUGCUGUUACUGUAAACUCGUCUUGGGGAAUCGGUCGUUCAGAUAAUGGGUGGAUGACAUCUGAGACUUUUUAUGAAUAUAUUAAGAAUAUUUUUUACCCCCAUUUGAUAGAAAAUAAUAUUCAGUUUCCAGUGGUUCUUUUUUUGGACGGACAUAAGUCUCAUUUAACGUAUGAACUCAGUUUACUCUGUAAUGAACUGAAUAUAGAGGUCAUCGCUUUAUAUCCCAACGCAACCAGGAUUUUACAGCCCUGUGAUGUUGCUGUUUUUAGGCCAGUAAAAAUGGGCUGGAAGAAAGCGGUUAGACAAUUUUAUGAAGAAAAACCCGGAGAAGUUUUAAACAAAACAUCAUUUGCUCCACUUCUAGAAAAAGUUGUCACUGAAGUAAUCCAGCCCAAUAUAUUAAUAAAUGGAUUUAGGGCAUGCGGGUUGUUUCCCUUUAGCCCAGAUAAUGUAGAUUAUUCAAAGUGUUUAGGGGGAACCAAUAAAUCUGUUAGAGUAAACAAUUUAUAUAAUUUUAGUUUUCAGCUUAUGAUUUAACACCAUUUUUUUUUGCUUUCUUAUACAGGAAAUACCAGAUCCAGGAGCCCAGUUGAAUCACGACAAGUUUCUUUAUUUUGUCGGAAAAGAACUUUUACAAAAAUUUAAACAGUUUGAUACAGUGGUUAUAAAGGAAGGAUUUAAUGAUGAGUUCUUAAAACUUCAUCAAAUGUGGUCAUUCUUAGGUAAACCCGAUGCAAUUAAAAAUGAUGACUUACGCUAUCCUAUUCUAAAUGACACUAACAAUGCAGUAGAACUCACUACCGCAAAUGCAGAAAGUGAAAUUAAGAAGCUAGGUAAAAUAAAUAUCAUUCAAAAUAUAGUUGUUACAAAGGCUACUUUCCCAGAAAGAGGUUAUGAAAAUUUGGCUAGUAUUGAAAUCCCCUCUUUAGAAUUUAACAAUAUAGAGCCCGAAAGUCUACAGGGUUCAACUAGAGCAUUACCUUUCGCCUUAAGUCUACCUUCAACAAGUAAAUGUCCGAUGGAAUCCGAUGCAAAUUUUGUAGACGAAUCUGCAAAGUUGGAACAAAUAGUUUCACGACCUGAAAGUUCUGUGGCCAUUAACGAGAAUGAGAUCCAUUUUGCCGAUUCCAGCGUUUUAAAUAUUCCAACAACUGAAGAACCUACCGAUACCCUUUCGAAGCCCGAUAUAGUCUCUCCCGAUAUUUCCAGCGUAGCGUUAAAGAAGAAAAGUAUUGUUGAAUACCUUGAAAUUCCAAAAAAACCUGAAAGAAAAGCUAAACGAAACGUUGAACGGGUUCCCUUUGCGAUUACUUCUAAAUCAUAUCAGGAAUCAUUUGAGGCUAAACGUGCUCUAAAACUAAAAGAGGAAACAAAAAAAUUGGAGAGAAAAAGGCAGAGGGAAGAAAAAAUGUCAACAGCAAAAAAUAAAAAACUUCAUAAAUCGGAAACAAAAUAUAAUCAAUGUUUUAUAUGUAAAAAGUCUAUCAUAAAGGGCCGACGAUUAAAAUGUGACACAUGUAAAAAAGAUUUUCAUGAACGCUGUAUCCCAAAAUCUCACAAGGACCAUAUUCCUGUAGAAGAUGAUGACCUGUUUUUGUGUCACAUAUGUUAUAAGGAAGAAAGUGACGACAACUCUGAAAGUAAUCAAAGUGAAGAAGGAAAUGAAGUAAAAGACUUAAGAAAUUAUACUAAUACAAGUGAAUUAAAAAAUACUGACAAUCAGAAAAAUAUUAUUUCAGAAGAAGACAAUAAAAUCAUAGAAGAAGAAAUAGACGAUUUGUAUAAUUACUACCUACAGAACAAAGACAAAUAAAUGGAAAUACCAGUAAAGAAAAAAAAAUGUUUUAUUUCAUGAUUACAUAAAUCCCCAACAAUAGGUAAAUAGGUAGGUACCACGAUUUAAGUUCAGAUUAAGCUAAAAAUUGUGUUAAAACAAUUGUACCUAACCUGUCCAAUAACUGCCAAAAACGGUGUCCAAAAACUAAAUAAAGUGUCCAUUAACUAAUUUUUUUGAACCUUGUUUAAAUUUUACAUUUUUAUUCAAAAAGGAACACUAAAUUCGCUAAAUAAAACAGAGAAGUGAUAAAAGAAAAGAAAUACCUUUCCAUUUCUGCAAAUGCUGCGCAGAUAAAAUCAAUGGUAAAUUUUCUAUGA